AUGAUUGGGCCAGUGGCGAAGCAGAGGUGCAGAAGCGGGUCAGUGGCGAUUGGCAGUUGUUUCUGGUUCGAGAAUAGCGUGGUGGGAGCUGAAGGUUUUACUGGGUCAGUGGGACGAGUGGUGCGUGCGGAUUAUGGUGAUGCUUUGCGGUUUACGAUUGCGGCAGACGGUUGGAGUGUGGAAUGGCCGGUAGUGCGAUCGUUGGAUUCGAACGGUGGUUUGGAGGUUUCAAGUUUGAAUGGUGCCGGUGAGGACAUUGUAUUACGGUAUGCCGUUCCGGCCGAGUGCAUCUCGUUGCCUCAUGUGGCGGAGGGGUUCUGGCCGCAUCUGAACGAUCUGACCUGGAUAGCAAGAAAUGGUCGAUGGUUCCAAAUUCAGAUGGCACACGGUGAGACACCUGACCUUGUCAAUGGCGCCCUGGGUAAACUUAUCAAGGAUAUGAUUUUGUUGAAUGUCGAUCAAUUACAUCUCCGUCCCGUACAAGUCGGUGUCGAACAGGUCAUGGCCGUCGCCCGAGAGUUCCUCGAACUCUACCUCGACCAACCUAACGUCAAAGCCUGGCUGGAUGACUAUCAAUUCGAACUACUUGACCAACUCAUUUGGGCCAAUCUCGAGCUACCCAAACCAGCCGACGGUCGGUCUCCCAAUGACCCCCAAAUCCUCACCGACCCCCAAACUCACACCGACCCCCAAACUCACACCGACCCCCAAACUCACAAAUUACUCACUGACGACAAAUUACUCACCGACGCCCCAGAGACUGACAAUCAAUCCACCGUCACAGCGGCUGAACAGCACCUCGCCUCGGCCGAGGUUCUGCCGGCUUUGGAGUCACGAGUCCUACCCCGGCAGUUCACUGAGGAGAGACACAUCAGAGAAGAGUCUACAAGAGGCUACCUGCACGCAGAAAAGUUCGUUCCAGAACAGUUUGUAGACCGCGCCGCGGAACAACUGAUACAGGAGGUCGUUGAACAACUGCAGCACACUGACUUACUUCUGGAGCAACACGGAAGUGGGGCUGCAGAAAGACUCAUACAAGAGGUUGUCGCAGAACUUCGACACACAGAUCGGCUCAUAGAACGCCCCCGAAGUUGGCAGGCUGCAGAGCAACAGCCGGAGCCACUGACAGGACCUUUCAUCGAAACAUGCGAAAAAAACCGGGAACUGGCACCUGACGCUAUUCUAGAGGAGGAGGAGGAGGAGGAAGAGGACAGCGACCUACUUUUCUGA